AGUGCUAACAUCCCGUUAUACGUUAAAUAGACUUGCGCAACCAUUUAUAGGAUAUAUACUUAUGCUCGUAAAAUGAUGCAACCAAUGGAUAAGGAGUAAAAAAUAAUAUUCUUAGUUGUAUGGGGUGUUGCAGGUGUGGCGGAUCAUUAGAUUUUUUUUUUGUAUUUGGGCUUGGUUCUGUGUGCGCUUAUUUCCACGAAAAGAGAUGCGAAAUCAUUCUAGGAUUUGCAUGUCACAUAUGUAAAACAGGAUCCCGCAGAGGAACAACGCUGCACCCCUUCAGAAGUGAGCGACGACACUUCAUUUAGCGGGUUGAUACCUUGGGCACAAAAGGGAAUAUCCAUGUCAACUGCAAUUGAAAGGAAGAGCUUGGAUGCACCGGAGGAGCCGGUGGAUGAGGUUCUCCAGAUGCCCCCGUCACUGCUGACGUGCGGUGGGUGCCAGCAGAGCAUUGGUGACCGCUUCUUCCUAAAAGCCAUCGAGCAGUAUUGGCACGAGGACUGCUUGAGCUGCGAUCUGUGUGGCUGCAGACUCGGAGAGGUUGGACGGAGGCUCUAUUACAAGCUGGGCCGGAAACUUUGCCGCAGGGACUAUCUCAGGCUUUUUGGCCAGGACGGGCUGUGCGCGUCCUGCGAGAAGCGAAUCCGGGCAUUCGAGAUGACCAUGCGCGUGCGGGACAAAGUCUACCACCUGGAGUGCUUCAAGUGUGCCGCCUGCCAGAAGCACUUCUGCGUGGGCGACCGCUACCUGCUCAUCAACUCGGACAUCGUGUGCGAGCAGGACAUCUUUGAGUGGACCAAACUCAACAGCAUGGUCUAGGCCCUGCCCACGUCCCACCUCUUUCCCAGCCAAUGCAGAGAGAAGAACUGGAAGACCACGCCCAGGCAGGUGGAUGAUGGGCUUAGCGCCAGGACUGUAAUUUUAUUUUUAAAUCCAGAUUUUUUAUUUUUUCUCUCUCAAACUUGGGAUGUUUUAUAGUAUGUGUAGACCCAUCUCACCUCUCUAUAAAUUUGGGAGAGUGCAGACGGCACACACCUUUGAAGCCUGUGCUUCCAGCUGCUGCUUCUUUCUCUUCUGAACUUCCAUAAUUGCGUUGCAGUCUUUAUGACAUUGGAAUGUACUUCAUGUGCAGCUGACAUAGGCAGACUGCAGGCAGCACGCGGAUGCGUAAAUUAAAAUGAGGUUCCUGGUGCAUGAUGGGAAGCAGGCAGUCCUGCUAACCAUGCUUGCUUAGACAGUGCCUCCCUGCGGGGUGUCUAGCCACGGGUGACAGUUGCACAGUCAAGAUUUUGUAUUAGACUGCAGGGGUGCGCCCACACAACUGGAUGAUUCCUGCUUCGUCAAUCAAAGAACACUCUCAUUGAUGGACAUAUACAACGUGACAUGUUUCAGUUUUUAGUUCAAAUUUUAAUGCAAUACUGAAACCUUAAAGGUGGGGGGAAGGCAACGAUUGAAGCACAUUAUGAAAAGAUAUGCUAUUUUGUAUUCUUGCUAACGUAAACUGGAAGGGCUGUUUUGGUACUGCACAGCCACGGAAGAUCUUGGUGGUUUUAAUAUGCACAUACCCAAGUAAGAUAAAGCGCAACCCACUCGUUUUUGUGCUGAGGUGCACUCCACUCGUUUGCGAUCAUUUUUCCCAGACCACAGUGAAGUGGGGAUCCUGCGGUAGAUUUUAAGGGGAGCUGGACCGUUUAGUUCUUUUGUUUAUUUUUUUGGUCCUCAAUGUUUGACUGAGACUGUUAUACCCAGCUUACUCAUUAGCUGCUCAUCAUAAAUUAGCAUCAUGCUACGGAAACUACCAUGUCCUCUGCUGGGAUAUUAAUACUUAUACUUCAAUUGCAAUAAAACAAAUGACUUCAAAAUA